AUGACAUUCCAUCGGACAGUUGUGUUAUUUAAGACGAGAAGUGAAGAUGCUUCACAUUGUCGCAAUCUUUUCCCCCCAAAGAUAUGGCGGCGUUUUAAGAAUACUGAGCAGAAGGUAGGCGCCCACAGAGUCAUUGAGUUCGAUGGCCCAUCGGGCGUAUAUAAGGUUAUCACAGGUCGGCUUGUCGAUGGUAAAGGAGACAAUACGCAAACCGUCAGGUUUUUUGAUAAGGCAUGCUCUUGUGAAAAGUGGCAGAAUUAUAGGCUUCUUUGUUCAUACGCUUUGGCGGUGUGCAGGAAUAGAGGUGACAAUCUGGAAUUGCUUGUGGAUCAGCAGUUUACCAAAACGAGGUGGGCCGUGCAGUAUUCAGGGAAGUUUAACCCACUGCCGCAUCAAGAUAUUUGGCUCCAUCCUGGAUGGGAACUGCAGGCAGAUAGGAGCAAGUUUGUUGCACGUCGGGCAGGGCGGGUUCGAGCUAACAGAAUUCGAAAUGAGAUGGAUGAAAGGGAUCCAGACGAACCAAGAAGAUGUCGAAAUUGUCAUCAGACAGGAUAUGGUAUUUUGAUAUUUGAUUGA